CUUCAGUUCCCAUAUCCGUCUGUGCAGCCAAAAAACUCGCAUUUAGAUCUCUCUCUCUCUCUCUCUCUCUAUCUGCGCUUUAUUCGUCUCUCUGUAGCGUUGGGCGCAUUCAAUUCUCUGAACCAACCGUAACCGGCACGCCAUACUUUCGGUUCUCCAUUCGGCUGGCUCUCCAAUUCAAGCGGUUCCCUUCCCUGUCAAGAGUAUGAGGUUUGGAUCUUGGAAUUCCGGAUUCUAGGGUUCCACAAAAACCCCGUCUUCCAUGGCGAUUCGAGGCGUCGAUUUCAAGUGGUACGAUGGGUUUUUCCUGUCAAUGCUCGCGACAAGUAUAAUAAUUGUGGCGAUCAAUUGGAAGCGCUACCAUCUCUGUACAUACCCUUUGCACAUAUGGAUUGUGGUUGACUACACUACCGUGUUUGUUUUUCGGCUCUUAAUGUUCGUAGAUAAUGGGCUCGCUGCUGGUAUGGGAUUGGAUUAUGGAUGGCAGCAGAGGUAUGCACGUUUUUGUGGCAGAGUUGUGGUUCUUUCAAUUCUUUCUCUGCUACUCUAUCCAUUUUUGUGGGCUUGGACUAUCAUUGGUACCUUGUGGUUCACCAGUGCAAAAAAUUGUCUGCCUGAAGAAGGUCAGAAGUGGGGGUUCCUUAUUUGGUUGCUGUUCAGCUACUGUGGACUCAUUUGUAUUGCUUGCAUGUCCGUGGGAAAGUGGCUGACACGAAGACAAGCACACUUGCUACGGGCUCAACAGGGCAUCCCCGUUUCAGAAUAUGGGGUGUUGGUUGACAUGAUCCGGGUGCCAGAUUGGGCAUUUGAAGCUGGCCAAGAGAUGAGAGGCAUGGGCCAAGAGGGUGCUGCAUAUCAUCCAGGGCUAUACUUGACUCCAGCUCAGAGAGAAGCAGUAGAGGCACUAAUUCAGGAGCUUCCAAAGUUCAGGCUGAAGGCUGUUCCCACCGAUUGCAGUGAAUGCCCCAUCUGUCUAGAAGAGUUCCAUGUGGGAAAUGAGGUUCGUGGCCUGCCGUGUGCGCACAAUUUCCACGUCGAGUGCAUCGACGAGUGGCUCCGUCUGAAUGUGAAGUGCCCCCGGUGCCGCUGUUCAGUUUUCCCGAACCUCGACCUCAGUGCACUGUCCAACAUCCGGCCCGACUCUGAACGGACAUCUGCCAGUGUUGUGACGACCAGCCGCUAUGUGAGUACCCAACCUUCUAGCCAGAGUUAUCUCUUAAGACUGCAAGGUUUGCUUCGACCAGUGCGUACAGAAAAUGCAGGGCCCGGCAGCGAUGCUGCAGAUGUUGCCUUGGAAACAGCGGAGAAUGGAGGUCUUCCAGUGCCAGUGCCGACUCGAAACUCUGAGGAGGGGGGUGGACGGCCUGUGGUGGAUGAGCUCUCGCAGCCUCAUCCAGCUUCCCCUCGAAGCUAGGUCACUUUGCUCUUACUCUUUUUGGAGAUUAACUGUUGCUGCUGCUACUUCAUAUACUGUUAACCAAAAUGUGCUUAAUAUAGAGAGGAGAAAUGAAUUGUGUACAUUGACUAAUGACUACUACUGGGUUCUGCUGACAUGAUUUUUUGAUCUGAAUUAAACCUCCCUAAUUCACACU